AUGGCGGCAGAGGCAAGACUUCCCCUCCUGCUCUCUUCGGCGGAGGGUCAGCCUGCGGAAGUGCUCUUGAGGGAAGCUGCAGGGGGAAACCCCCUGGUUGUUUCUCUCCCCCAGUUCCUUGGGAACGCAGCCCAGGCAGAUUAUCCCCCCAGAGAGAGCGUUUGGGUGUACCUACAGACGGUCCACAAAGAGACUACUGCCGCGGCUGCCUCCAGACUGCUUUCUCUCUUGAAAGCUAACGGCCUUCUACUUGUUGCCGCCGAGGGCGCAGACGCUUUCGAGGCCCUGGUCGCCUUGGGCAAGAGCUUCCUCUAUGCAGGAUUCAUUUCUGUAGACGAUCAAGAGAUGCCCCCUGCCCUGCUACAGGCCGCAGAAAAACACCCAGGCCUUCGCGUUGUAAGAGCCGUAACCCGAAAGCCAACCAACAAAGCUCCAAUGCCUCUCGCUCUGCCCCUAUGGGCGGUGGGGGCAUCUGCUGCUGUAGGGGAGUCUGCAGUGGCUAACCUUGUCGACGAGGACUCCCUAGUAGACCUUAGCCAGACUUACCAGCCACUUGGCAAGGGCCGCAGCGACUGCGCAUCGCGCCCUAAGGCCUGCGCUAACUGCACAUGCGGACGGAAGGAGGCGGAAGAGGCGGCAGACAAAGAGGCAUUUAAGAAGCAGCUUGAGACGGGCGCUGUCCGGAGUUCGUGUGGAAAUUGCUACCUGGGAGACGCCUUCAGAUGUGCAGGCUGUCCAUAUAAAGGCCUCCCUGCCUUCCGUCCUGGGGAGAAGGUGGACCUCUCGGCAGCGGCGCGGCUUGCAGAGACCCUUGGUGCUCCCAACGCUGCUGAGACAGCCUCAGACGCAGCAGCAGCGGGGAUCAGCAUAACUAAGGGCAGUAAUAAGGUUGUUCUAGCGUCUCUUGAUGACGACUGUUGA